AUGGGCUCGCAGCCGGGGGAGGACGAUGGCUCCAAGGCCGACAUUUCCAAUCUGGGAUUCACGUCCGCCCCAAAGGUGUCGGGCCCCUGGACCGUCGACAAGGUCCUCGAGACUCUCCCGGAUCAGGAAGCGCCCGCCAAGGGCACCAGCUCGCCCCUCGCCUUUUUCCACAUGAUUGAAAGGCUCAAGACGACCAAGCGCGAGGGAUGGCGGCGGUUUGGCAUUGACCGUGGCGAGUCCAUUGCCGACCACAUGUACCGCAUGUCCAUUGUCGCCAUGCUGGCCCCCCCCUCGCUGGCGCCGCGCCUCGACAUGGCCAAGUGCAUCAAGAUGUGCCUGGUCCACGACAUGGCCGAGCUGCUCGUCGGCGAUAUCACGCCCGUCGACGGCGUGGCCAAGCCCGAGAAGCACCGGCGCGAGGCGCAGACCAUGGACUUUCUGACGCGCGACCUGCUGGGCGGCGUCGACGGCGGCGCCGCGGGGGCCGAGCUGCGCGCCAUCUGGCAAGAGUACGAGGACUCGCAGACGCUCGACAGCCACUUUGUGCACGACGUGGACAAGAUGGAGCUGCUGCUGCAGAUGCUCGAGUACGAGAAGCGCGGCCGGGGCGCCCUCGACCUGGGCGAGUUUGCCUACGUCGCCCGCGCCAUGGUGGUGCCCGAGACGCGCGCCUGGGCCGAGGACCUGCUGCAGGAGCGCGAGAGGUUCUGGGCCGGCGCCGAGCACGUCCACGGCGAGAGGGGCGAAGAGGGUGGGGUGUCCCGGGAGAAGAGCACGCAGCAGGAUGCCUACUACAAGCGGGACUGA